AUGGCUUAUCGAUCUGAUGGAGAAAAGUUUGCAAUGUUGAUCAUUACUGGAAUUACAAAUUUUUUUGGCCUCCCAGCAAUAUAUGUCUGCUAUAAAAAGAAGCUUUACUUUCCCUUCUGCAUAGGGCUAUUCACUUGCUUUACGUCUUUUGUUUAUCACUCAUUAGAUAGUGUAUUGUGGUCUUCAUUUUAUAUCCCUUCUCUCGGAAAUAUUUAAAAAAUAAAAAUAAAUAAUUUUCUACCAUAUUUUUAGGAAUCUCUAUAGAAUAGUAUAGUCUGAUCCCUGUUUUGGAUCGGGCUUGAUUGAUGUCGCCCGGCAUCAAAUGGGGAUUUGACGAAACAAUUUUUGGUUGCAAAGUCAACUCCGCCUUCUUGUGAUUGGAGAUUUGUCAUCUGGGAAGUUCACUUUGCCAAUAAACGUUGGCUCGUCAACUCCCCAUCUGAAAAUUGGGAGAUGCUAGACAAGCCAAAUCCAAAGCAGGGAUCAAGUUAUAUAUAAAAUCUCAGGAAUGGCAUAAGCUCGAUAACAUUGGCUCCAUCAUGUGCUUUAUAACUCUUAUGAUCUACUGGAUGGACAAUUUACAGCAAAAAGAUAAGACUACUUAUACAUCCCGCCCUUAUUGCGAUCUGGACUUGUUUUUAAGCUUCUCUGGGCUAUUUUUAACCAUGCUAAUGCAAGCUCACCAUCCAUGGUACUUACAAAACACAUUUACCCCUAUUCUUACAUUUGUUUUCAUUUGUGGAGUCAAAAAUCUGCUUUAUCGCAGGGCUAGGUUCAAUAAAGGGUAUAUGGUGAAAGGAGGCUUAAUAUUGGUCUUAGCAGUUAUUUGUUUUAUUAAAGCGCUUGAUGAAAACCAAGAUUACUUACUCCUCCCUUAUUUUUUUGAGUUAAAACUAGUGAGCAAAAAAUUUUCAUGGAAAAUAUUUUAUAUAUAAGUGAUAAUUAUUAUAAUAAAAUCUCUAGCUAAUUCUGUUUAAUUUUAAACAGAUUGCAUUACAUUUGCUUUAAAAUUAUUUCUAAUUAUUAUAAUUUUUAAAAAAAAUUAACAAGCCUAGUGAUCAAAUAAAUUUUUUUUUUGGAGGAGGGAUUUAAGAAUCUAUCAUGGACUUUGGCAUUGUGGAGGCUCCAUUUCAAGUUUUUAUCUUUGGCAAACCAUCGACAAAGAUAGAGAAAUCAAAGGGUUAAAUGUUAUCAAAUAUUGUAAGCAGCAAAGAUUUGAAUUUUCUAGAGUUCUAUCAGAAAUGGUGACUUUGAAGUUUAUCAGUAAGAGAGAAUUGUUUUAA